CUAAGAAUAAAGGUCACCUGCGUUUGAUUAUAACUUGUAGAAGCCAUGUUUGAAAUUACAGAUGGAAUGGUUACGAAAAGUCAACAUAUAUUCAUAGCACGUGACCUCGAUAUGCUUUAGAUCAGCAUAUAAAUAAGAGAAUCAGCCAAGUAUUUAAUUCAUUUUGUCGCUCAUUUGGUUUGAGUAAACACUCUUGUACGUUCAUCGCGAAAAUGGCGUCUACAUACAAGUUGACUUACUACAAUCUCCGAGCCAGGGGAGAGCCUACAAGACUUGUUUUCGUAUACGCUGGGGUGGAUUAUGAAGAUGUUCGUAUCCCGUUUGAUCUUAAAAGCGAAGAGUGGUUGGCAUUGAAACAAAGUAAGUUCUAAUCUUAGAACAUCGAUUACAUCGAGUAUCAUGAGGUAUAAGAUAAAUGUGUUUUUGAACAAUAUUAAGAGCGCUGUUUUCUCUACAGGUGGAAAGUGCCCUUUUGGACUGGUACCUAUCCUUGAAGUCGAGGGAGUGACCCUUUGCGAGUCCAUGGCUAUCCUUCGGUUUGUAGCCAAACGACAUGGUAAGUAUUUUAGUGAUCUCUUUCGCAGCCGUUCCUUGGGAUGUCACGCUAUACGCCCUCUCUUGGAAGGAGCGUUGCGUGACAUCCAUAAGAACGCCAACGUAAGAGACUGGUAUUGCACCUACACACAGGAUAUUACCAGACCCCGUCCAUAUAAGGCCAGAUGAAUUUGAAAACGCAACGUAUUUUCUGAUCCUACAUUUACGUCAAAUUUACGCAUAAACUACCCACCGAAAACGGAGUUAUGAAAAGCGCCAUAGAAAUUAGAAAAAAGAAAAAAAAAAAAAAAAAAACAAAAGUUUGUUUUGGUAAGGACGGAAACACGUAGAACAUAUGCUUUUCGAAAACGCUUGACGUCAAAGUUUUUUGUUUUCUACUUGUUUUUUGUUGUUUUUGUUGUGAUUUUGAGUAGCUUACUUUUUUUUUAUUUCAUAUCGCUGUGAUGUGUGGGAAGGAAACUUCAGUGGUAUUUGUUUUCCGGCUUUAUAUGAGAAUUUUUUUCUGUGUUCAAAUUUACUUCAAUGUAGAAUGGACUGCGCUCCAGACUCGCUUACUCUCUAAUCUGUAACCUAACUUUUCUCGAAAAGUGAAUUUCACGGCUAAGAAAUAAUUCUAAGUAACAAGAGGUCCAUUUUUGUUCCUUACAGGUUUGAUGCCCAGUAAUGAUCUGCAGCAAGCCAAAGCAGACAUGUUUGCUGAAGGAGUGUACGAUUUAGAGAACGAGAUCGUUCGUGCCAUUGUCCAUGCUGAUCCGGCCCAACAGGUAUUGUACAAAGUCAAAAUCAAUAAAGCGAAUAAAAAGAAAUAAGAGAAAAAGAGCAAAAAAAAGGGAGAGAGAAAGAGAAACGAAAAGAUGAACUGCGCGCUAAGAUCUCUGGGAGGAAAGAGCAUGGUUUGCAAGGCGGUCAGUUAUUUUAUUUAUUUAUUUAUUUAUUAUUUUUUUUUUUUGCGCUGUUUUCCUGUGACUCGUGUAACGGACUGGGCUAAGAAAGAUAGGUUGCUCGUUGUCUUAUCAAGAGAGUCAGAGGACUUCUAAGGAGGAAAAUAUAGAAGGAGGGAUGGCAAGGGCAGUUUUUUUAUUCAACGUGUGUACCGCAGUGACUGUAAACGUCCGAAAGAAAGAAUUCUUUGAAAGAAGCCGAAAAUUCUAUCGUUUUACCAAAUUCCAAAGUAUACAGCCCUUCGAAAUUAAAUAAAGUUAAUAAAGUUAAUUUGUGACUUUGAAAGUAAUUCUCUUUUUUAGCUACAACAAUGCGAUAAAUAAAUUGCUUCUGCAUCUUUUCAUUAAUAUCAUUAUUGAUGUUAUUGUAGGUUUCGUUUUCGAAUUUCAGUUUUGAAGAAUAUCCAAUCAAAUCGUUUCUUUGCAAUAAUUCUUUCAUUUCUUCGUUUCUUUAAAAAUCCAUAGAAAGUUCUGAUGGAAAAGUUCAAUAAGGAGUCCUUACCCAGGCGAUCUAAGUACUUUGAAAAGAUCUUGGAAAAGAAUCCUAAAGAUGAAGUCUACUGUGUUGGAAAUAAGGCAAGUGGUUUUGCUCUCAAGGGUUCGUAACCUAGACGAAUGUCUACCUUGUUCUGAGACCAUUUUUAUCCUUGAGACCUGAUAUCAUUCAACACCUGGGGGAGAGGGGUCGGAGGAUUUUGGUUUUGCCACAAUAAAAUUUACCUGAUCCCUUCAUUAGGCUCUAUAGUAUUCUAGUGACACCCCCUCCCCCCUCACUGACCAUUAAUUUUCUAUAGUUCCCCCCCCCCCUUAUUUAUACUUCGUUCUCCGUGAAAACCUUUUAAUUCCUCCAUAAUCCACCACACCCCCCCACCCCCACCCUAGGCGAAAAUUUAUUGACUAGUCCGCUAUCGCUAUAGGCAGACUUUAUGAACUUGUUCUGAAUUCUUCUUUUCAUAUAUAUAAUUAUUCAGUGGCUUCAUACAUAAUAAUCAUUUAAUCAUUUUUUGUUCCAGCUGAGCUUUGCGGACAUCUGCUUCUUCUCGUUCUACAACUCAUACAUUGCUAAAGGCCAACUGGAUCCUCCAGACGUGCUGAAAGAUUGCCCUCGCCUUACUACUCUGUACAAGAAAGUCAGAGAUGAACCUAAGAUUAAGGAGUGGAUCGAGAAACGCCCUGAAACAGCACUGUAAAGACCAAUCAGCCGAGGAUACAAUCAUUAACCCUUCAACCCCUAAGAGUGAUUAAAAUCUGAUUUCUCCUUACAAUAUCACCCCUAAACCACACAUUAACGUCACAAGAAUUAAGCAAAUGAUCACCAACUGUUACACGAUUCUACCAACUUAUAGAUAGUUGAUCGAUGAAUAAAAACAGAAUGUAGAAAGCAAUUAAAGAGUAAGUAUCUCCUCUAAAUUGAUCAUGACGAUAGACGGACGGAAUUUCCAAUUCCAGUAGCUUUGCUGCAAUAAAAGUGUCAGUUAUCAAGCACUUUUCCUUUCGAUUUUAAGAAGUCUGGGAACGAGUUAAGAAGAGAUUCCGAUUGACUCAUAGACACAAUAGACUUCCGAACAUCUUUCGUGUUUUCCGACACAUACUCUUCCCCACCCCACCCCGCCUCCUCCCCCACAGAAAUCGGCUCUCACUUGGCGAAGGAGACACAAUAUACGUCACACCAUUGUUUUUAUUGUUUCUUAUUACCAGUUGUAAUUAAAUUCUAUUGUGACGUAAUUGUGUCUUCUACACUAAGUAAGAGCUCAGAAAUCGGAUACUAUCGAAAGAUAUCAUCCGUAAAUCACAAGUCUCCGGACGCCACGCGCUUCUCGCCUCACACGCUCUUGUUUCGCUUGCUACCUGCAGCUUCUGCAAACAAUGCCUUCGUACAAGUUGAUUUACUUUCCACUUCGCGCAAAAGCGGAAGCCAUCAGAAUGGUUUUCGCCGCCGCCGGAGUUGAUUUCGAGGACGUAUGUUAUACAAUGGACGACUGGAUUUCAAAAUACAAGAAUUGUGAGUAGUCAUUUGAGUAUUGCCUAUUUGAAAAGCUUGGAUACCCCCCGAGAUAGCUGUAGUAAAGAAGCUUUGUGCAAGGAUAUCCUGCUGACAACCUUUUCAUCAACGCUAAAUGAACAUUGGUUCCACAAUUUCCUAGCUGAUCAAGUUCCUUUACCGAAAUCAAACAAGCCAUUAUAUUUCUUCGCAGCCACGGUCAAAGGAGCGCACUGAACCGUGACGGUGCAGAUCUCGCCGCAGCCUCAAUUCGUCUUCAGUCUUUACCCUCUGUUAACUUUAAUAAUUAAUUCGUCAAAUUUUAGCUGAGUUGCCUAGAAUAUUCAAACCACGGACGCCUGACUUGAAAGAUUACAGUUUGUAUGGGUGUGUCGAGUAUUGUUCUUUCUGUUUCUUCUGUAAACAUACACGAUAAAUGUUGAUAUAUUUCAGACCACAGGUUAUUGCGAAAUCUUUUCUGCAAAGAUCGCUUUCAUAUUCAUUGCGAAAGCAUAUUUCGUUUGUUCCGCUUUGUUUCACCCUUCUCUGCGCCACACCCCUCGAUAACGGUGCCGGUGCUCUGUACAUAAAUUUUGUUAUUUGGUUGGAGAAGUCAUUACUUCAAAUCCUCUUGUAAUUCAGACAAGAGAACCUAAACACAUAGUUUGCAUAUGAUAUUCUUCCAGUUUUUACCAUGCAGACUUCUUUUUCGGUUUUAUGCUUCUCCUGAGAUUCGCCUCGAUCUAAUAACUUGAAUGCCCUAACAGGAUUGCUGCCACUUGGCUGAUACAAGUAUAAUUUUAAUUUGCAACCCAAUCUCACACUAAAAGAAAGUGACUGUGGUUAUUUGCAGACUGAUUAACAGGCCUCUAGCUCCCGAAUUCCGGGUGUGCUCCAGCACCGAUUUUUUCCUGAUAUAAAUAAGUUAUGGUAAAAGGAGGUAGUAUAUCUCAUAUUUUGAAUGAGAUUAUCGGCCAAAUCUACAUUUCUGCUAAGACCUCGCGUAUAUCGGACUUUUCUUGCAAGUUAUGGGCCUUUACGUGAGACUUCGAACAAGGAGUCUGAAGGAAGAUUCGAAGGAAAUUAAACUGCGUCUUCAAGUUUUUCAAUAAGUCACUCUUAGGUUCAAAUGAAUCGUCGAAAUCUGGAUCUGAGCGCUGUUCUCUUUCACAUCUCAAUGUGAGCCACGAUGACUGAAAUAGAUUUCUGAACAAUCAUAAAUAGUAAUGCAUGCCUUGUUUCUACGACCACUAGCGCGUUUAUUUAUAACUAACGACAAAAAUUGGUAUAUUUUAUUCUUAAUUCAUUUAAGCUGGAAUAAGCCCUUCCCGUCAGCUACCAGUGCUGUACGUUGAUGGUAAAGUACUUAUGGAGUCCAAAGUCAUUCUCAGUUACGUCGGCAAAGAACUCAGUAAGUAUUGAAUUAAUGCAGGAGCCCAUACGCUCCUGAUUAAUAUUACCGCUGCAGCCGUUACUUGGUUCCGUCACGCAACGCUCUUUCUCGGAAGGCCAAACGCACCCCAGGGGUUAUCGUUAUACGGGAUUUUGAUUAAAAAUAAUAGGGAUACAGGAUAUUUAACUAAUAGUGAUUCCGAGAUUUAAACCACAGGAAUUAAUGGGAUACGAGAUACUGUAAUUAAACCAAAAAUCAAUAGGAUAAUGAAUACUCAGACCCGCCAAUGGGACCUCCGCUUUGCGAGACGAGUAAUAAUGUGGGAUUAAGCGCUCCUUCGCGCUCUUUGAACGGCUUACGGAGUAUUUUCAUGACAAGAGGACUUGACCAAUACUCCAUUAAAGUGGGCAGUAAAGAAAUAUACUUCAUUCACAUAAACCAUAUUUUCCUUCAGAUCUCGCUCCAAAAGAUAAUUUUCAACUGGCGCAGGCAGACGUCUUAGCCCACAUAAUUAAUGACUUGGAAAACGUGUUAAGCGCAGCUAAUAGACACGAAGAUUCAGCGGUGAAGGUUAGUGAAAUCACUCACUCCCAGACAAAACGCCAUCGAUCAUAUUUUAUUUGCAUGAAUUUCUGGUUUCCAGUAGCACUUAAUAUGUUAUAAUUUCCCCUUGUCUAGGAGAAAGCCUUAGAAACUGCUCGCAAAGAAGUUAUUCCAGACAAAUGCGGAUAUUUUGAGAAGUUUUUGAAGGCCAACGACAAGGAGGGAUUCUUUAUUGAAGAUAAGGUAACAUAAUACUGUCCACUGCCAUGCAGUACAAAACAAUUCAGUGUUACGUUGUAGUGUAAUUUAAUAGAAUGGAGAGCACUGCGGUGCCGCAACGGAUUGCAAUUUGUAAGUACAUUCUAGUACUCAUUUGAUUGCCCGUUUCCAGGCUUUUCAGAUAAAAUGACAGAAUCAUUUGGCAGUCAUAUUUACUGACACUAAUCAAUAUCCCACAGCUGACCUAUGCUGAUAUCGUGGUAUUCACCUUCCUGAACAGCUACUAUCUGAAAGGAAGCGCUGAAGGAGUCCCUGAGGAGUUGAAGGCAUUCCCCAAACUACACGCCUGGUACGAGCUGGUCAGAACGCAACCCAAGAUUCAACAAUGGCUCAAGACUCCGCGACCAGAUCUCGGCGAGUACCCAUACUGAACGGACACGUGACUGGAUAUGCAAUACUUGAACCAUAGUUGUGGAACGAAAAGGAGACUCGGAAAACACAAUAAACU